AUGUGGAAGUAUUCUAUUUUUGAGACGGAUACAGAGAAGCACCUCAUCUCUGAUCUUCAAUUGAAAGCAGCCCAGAAGACGCUGAAGGAGUACUAUAAAUACGCCUGGAAAGUGUUCGACUGGAUGAGCUCGUGUCUGAAGCCAAGAYUUCAUCAAKCUAAAUYWUUGUUCCUGAACUUCCUGGUGUUUAUCUCUCUGAUCACUGCAWCUCUUAACCUGCUCGUCAUCAUCUCAGUCUCCCAUUUCAGGCAACUCCAYACUCCCACUAAUGUCAUCCUUCUAUCUUUGGCAGUCUCAGACUUCCUUGUUGGUUGCUUGUUGAUGCCUUUAGAAAUCUUUAGAAAUUUAUCCUGUUGGUUUCUUGGGGAUUUUACAUGUUCUUUAUUGUAUUAUAUGAUUUGUCAAAUUAUUUCCACUUCAGUAGGAAACAUUGUGCUUGUAUCAAUUGAUCGCUACACAGCUAUUUGUGACCCUCUACAUUAUCUCACCAGAAUCACUAUGGCAAAAGUCAAAUAUAGUGUUUGUCUGUGUUGGUUCUGUGCUGCUUCCUGCAGCUUUUUGUACGUGAAAGAUGAACUUAUUGAACCAGGCAGGACUAGGUCCUGCUUUGGGGAAUGUAAAGUUGUAAUGAGCUAUAUUGUGGGUACCUUUGACCUAAUUAUGAACUUCACAUUUCCAGUUACUGCCAUCAUAGUUCUGUAUAUGAGAGUUUUUGUGGUGGCUGUGUCUCAGGCUCGUGCCAUGCGCUCUCACAUYACAGCUGCUGCCCUCCAGAAAUCAAGUAACGUAAAAACAAAGAAAUCUGAGUUGAAAGCAGCCAGGACUCUUGGUGUUCUUGUAUUUGUGUUUUUACUAUGUUUUUGUCCAUAUUACUGUAUUUCUCUUGCUGUGAGUGACUUGGUCAGUGCUGCAUCUAUGGUCUAUAUCAUUUUUCCAUUCUAUUUAAACUCCUGUCUAAAUCCUGUGAUCUACACACUUUUUUACCCCUGGUUCAGAAAGGCUAUAAAACUCAUUGUCACUUUACAGAUACUGAGGCCUGACUCAU